AUUAAUUCUAACACCGCGACCUCCCGCUGCUCGUCGCCGAGGGCGAGCUCCCCCACGCGCCGCCGUCCAAGAAGGCGCUGUUCCGGCGCCUCUCCGUCACCCCGGCCCUCCUGCCAUGCAAGCUCGUGAGCAUGCGGCUGGACAGGGCCACGGGCGCCAAGUGCUUCCUGAUUUCGGCGAGGGCGCUGCAUAUUUCGCGGGGCGAGACGCCCGCCUCCUGGCAAUGGAUCCACCUCCGCAGCGACGAGAUGCAAGGAAACGAGAGGUUCUCGGAAGCAGUCAGGCUCCGCAAGGUUUCGUGGUUGGAAAUCUGUGCCAAGAUGCAAUGUAGGAUGCUCUCGCAGAACUCGGCAUACGCCACUUACAUGGUGUUCAAGCUGGCAGAUAGUGGGUUCAACAAGCUGGAUUAUCCGUUUCAGGUGGCGUCAGUCGGCAUUGGAUGGUAUCGUUCAACACGGAAAGUUUGCCUGCAAGGCUACAUGGAGGUUGGGGAUGACGGGGUGACUCGCAAACAUAUUUGGAGGUCUAGCUGGGAGGAAAAUUGGCGGCCUUGCAAGCGCAGUCGCGUUACUGGCGCAAUUCAUCUCAAGGACAAGAUUGUGCUCCCUUGGAGAAGGGCUGACUGCUGGAUGGAGGUCGAGCUGGGUGAGUUCUACAACGAGGAAGGCGGCGAUGGCGAGGUGUCUGUCGGCCUAAUGCAGACAACCGGAGGAUACAAGAGUGGCCUUGUUGUGUUGGGUGUUGAGAUUAGAUCUAAACAAUGAUGUGGACGAGCUUGUAGGAUCGAGAA